AUGGGCUGUGGCGGUAGCAAGCCUGCCAAAAGAAGGGCUGCCAACCCGGGGGCGGAAUCCAGAUUGGCGCACCACAAGAUACCUGAGACAAGAGAUAUCAACGCCAACGUCUUGAAGCAGGCCCUCGAACGCGUCUCCCACUACAUUGCGAGUCGGGGACACCACAUCAGUGUCAUCGCUGUUGGCGGAGCUGUCAACACACUCUACCUUCGCUUGCGACAAAUGACCCACGACGUCGAUAUCUUCGGUUCCGACUUCAGCAACAGCGCCCGCCACCUCGUCGACGAAGCAAUGCAUGACGCACAAAGAGCUAUACCAGGCCUGGGAACAGACUGGCUCAACACUGAAACUCAGAUGUGGAUGUCUGGUCGACUGCACGCAGAGAUCACACAGGCUGCAAGAGCUCAAAACGUGAUUGUCUUUCAGGGGAGGGAUAGGGGUUUGACGAUCUUGGCAGCUCCAUGGGCAUAUGCAUCUUCUGCAAAGAUCAAUCGCAUCCUGACGGGAGGCAGCCAGGCACGACCGUAUGACCUCCAGGAUGCUGUCACGUAUAUCCAUCGGUACAUUCAGGCGCAUGGCAACAAACCUGUGCCGGUCAGGGUUGCGCUGGGAUGGGAAAGACAGUAUCAUCAUGAGAUGACCGAGGAUGUGUUGCGCAAUCAGGUGAACCCAGCAUAUCGAAGACAGUAUGGUGGUAAGAAUGCGUUUGCCUGA